CUUUAAUUUUACACAGUGCACUAAAUAAACAGCUUGUCUCAUCUGUUUCUGCUUUAGAAGGUUCCAGGAGCUAACAUUGCACCAAAUAUGGGGAUGGCAGCUAUGACAGAAAGGAUCCAAAUGACGAAAUAUUACUGGAGGUGUUUGCACCUGACGCUCACAUGGAGAGACAGGCGGGAGUGUACUUGGUGCAUCUUCUGGUAAGAAAGGUGAGAAGGAGAUUUGGUGGUGGAACCCCAAAAUACAGAAAGUGAUACAAGGAAAGAAGUUAGUGAAGAAGAAGUGGGAUACUGAGAAGACUGAGGAGAGGCCAAAGGAAUACAUUGAGAUGCAACAUAUGGCAAAGUUAGUUGUGGCGAAGGCUAAACAAGAGACAUAUGAUGACAUGUACACAAGGAGGAGGUGAUGGCGAUGGCGAUGGUGUUCCCGCCUUCUCACGUUGCUGUCCAGGAGGUGGUGAUGGCGAUGGCGAUGGUGUCGCCGCCUUCUCACGUUCCUGUCCAGGAGGUGGUGAUGGCGAUGGCGAUGGUUUUCCCGCCUUCUCACGUUGCUGUCCAGGAGGUGGUGAUGGCGAUGGUGUCGCCGCCUUCUCACGUUGCUGUCCAGGAGGUGGUGAUGGUGAGGGUGUCGCCGCCUUCUCACGUUCCUGUCCAGGAGGAGCUGGGGAGUUCUGUGGAGCCACCCCGGAGCUGGAGAGACUUCGGGAUGGCUUUGAGGGUGGCGGUUAUGGCUCUGGUCCUUCUCUCCAUCACCCUCUUCGCUCCUGAGGGCUCCCAGCCGCUUCAGGACCUGGCCUCGUUGGUGACCAAUCCACGGCUGCCUCCUGACCAAGCCUCGGUGGCGACCAGUCCCUGGUCAUCUCGCAACCAUUGCAUGGGAGUUUCUCGUCCGGAGCAGUUGCCUGCCUCGGCCUGGUUCCUGCUUCGUCGUCUGGUUCCUCACAGAGGUCGUCCGCCCAAAUCGCUCCGUGGGGACCCUGGUGCUUGGCGUCCGGGGAACGUCAACCUUCCCAACAUGGCUGCUGCGUAG